AUGAGCCAGUGCAGGAAAAGGUGCAAGAGGCAGCUCACCAAGGUGGCUCGUUAUUUCUACCGCUUCCUCAUGGGAACGCUCACCCAAGGUAAUCCUUCCACCAGCCAAAGCAAAAAAACCAUAAAGCAGCGAUUCCUCAAGCUGCUGCCGUGCUGCAAGCCUUCGACUGCCCCCUCUAUCAGUCAAAACAGCGUGGAAGAUGACUUUGAGUUAUCCACUGUGUGCCAUCGCCCUGAAAGCAUGGACAAGCUGCAGGAGCAGACCAAGUUCACCAAGAAGGAGCUGCAAGUCCUCUACAGGGGAUUCAAGAAUGAGUGUCCAAGCGGUGUGGUGAACGAGGAGAACUUUAAAAACAUUUACUCCCAGUUUUUUCCUCAGGGAGAUUCAAGUAUGUAUGCACAUUUCCUGUUUGAAGCCUUCGACACUAACAAGAACGGCUCGGUUAGUUUUGAGGACUUUGUAUUUGGCCUGUCUAUCAUCCUGAGAGGGACCAUUAAUGACCGGCUAAACUGGGCGUUCAACCUCUACGACCUGAACAAGGACGGCUGCAUCACCAAAGAGGAGAUGCUGGACAUCAUGAAGUCCAUCUAUGACAUGAUGGGGAAGUACACGUACCCCACGAUGCAGGACGAUGCUCCAAGGGAACACGUGGAAAGCUUUUUUCAGAAAAUGGACCGGAAUAAAGAUGGAGUGGUCACUAUUGAGGAGUUCAUCGAGUCAUGCAAAAAAGAUGAGAACAUCAUGCAGUCCAUGCAGCUGUUUGACAACGUCAUCUAGGAACCUGGACCAGUGAGGACACUGGC